AUGGCUGCGUUCCUUUUUAAGUUGGCCGCCAAGCGCGCCUUGCAGGACAAGAUGAAGAUGAACACCAAUUCACAGGAUCCCUUUUACGAGUAUGAAGAGAUUGAAGUGCACAAAGGUGGCAAGACCGAGAUCAUAUACAAGAAGAAGGGAAAGAAACCGAUUCCCAAAGGUUUGAGCAAGAAUGAUGCACAGGUGCUCAAAGGGGUCCGCAGCCGCGCCUAUCAUCUUGACAUGAGUCUCUUCAGUUUCUGUGGUAUCCGGUUCGGUUGGAGUUCUGUCAUAGGCCUGGUCCCUGCCAUUGGUGACGUCCUGGACGCGCUUAUGGCCCUGAUCCUUGUCAAGAAAUGCAUGAAAGUUGACGAUGGCUUGCCGCUGUCAAUUUUGUCUCGCAUGGUGUUCAAUAUCCUGGUGGAUUUUGUCAUUGGCCUCGUUCCAUUCGUGGGGGAUAUCGCCGAUGCAGCCUACAGAGCGAACAUUCGCAACGCAUGGUUGCUGGAGCUCUACUUGGUCAACAAGUACGACGAGAUGAACAAGCGUGGAAUCUCAGACCCUGCGGAUCUGGAAAAUCAGCCAUCCUCGUCUGCCGCAACUGCCUCGGUGGCCCCACCUAAGCCAGCCAAGAAGAAGUUCUUUGGGCGUGGAGGUGAAACUGUCGACACCUCUACAGCCGCAGAGGGUCGCACCCGUCGAGACGGCAUAUAA